AUGGAAGCGGUGAAGUUUUUCUUUCAGACUCAGCUGCCGGCAUACCUGAAGGCGUUGCCCAUUCCUUCCACAGUUGCUGGCUUUGCUGACCUGUCUGGCAACGAGUGGAUUCAGUUGCUGCCUGUCAUUGGUUUCUGCGUUCUGCUGGUGUACCUCUUCCUUGCCAAUCUCCUGGAGAUCGGAAGAGGUGGGGCAAGAGAAGAAUCCGAUAAGCCCGUUCCAGCAGUGAACCUGUCAAUUGACAAGGAGAAGGACAAAGUUGCAACUUCUGUAGAUAUCGAAGAUCUUGAUGACAAAACAGUGUAUUGCAGGUGCUGGCGCUCCAAGAAAUUCCCCCUCUGCGACGGCUCGCAUAACACACACAACAAGGAGACCGGAGAUAAUGUGGGUCCGCUGAUCGUCAAGCGCAAGCAGCCCAAGGACAAAUCGCAAUAG